AUGGACCCACAAGCAGGAAUAUCUCAGAAGUACAUCUAAUGUUAUCCCUGGAUUGUGAAAUAACAGAUAAUGACAGUAGACAGGAUUCUCCAGGAGAUAAUCCCAUUACCCCAAUUAUACAUCAAGCUCUAUCAGCUGAUCCCCCUGAUCCUGGGAAAUGUUCUCCUGAUCACUCUAUUACAGCUCUGAGAUUAGAUACAGAGUUUCCCUGUUCUAUAGAUGCCAAAUGUUUUACACAUAAUACAAACCGUAUUACUCAUCAGCCAGCUAAGGCAGGUGAGAGGCCAUUUCCAUGUUCUGAGUGUGGGAAAUGUUUUACAUAUAAAUCAGAUCUUGUUAGACAUCAGAGAAGUCACACUGGUGAGAAGCCAUUUCCAUGUUCUGAGUGUGGGAAAUUUUUUACAAAUAAAUCAAAUCUUGUUACACAUCAGAGAAGUCACACUGGUGAGAAGCCAUUUCCAUGUUCUGAGUGUGGGAAAUUUUUUACAAAUAAAUCAAAUCUUGUUACACAUCAGAGAAGUCACACAGGUGAGAAGCCGUAUUCCUGUUCUGAGUGUGGGAAAUUUUUUGCACAGAAAUCGGAUCUUUUUAUACAUCAGAGAAGUCACACAGGUGAGAAGCCGUAUUCCUGUUCUGAGUGUGGGAAAUGUUUUGCAUCGAAAUCAUAUCUUGUUACACAUCAGAGAAGUCACACAGGUGAGAAGCCGUAUUCCUGUUCUGAGUGUAUGAAAUGUUUUCCACAGAAAUCAGAUGUUGUUACACAUCAGAGAAGUCACACUGGUGAGGAGCCAUUUCCAUGUUCUGAGUGUGGGAAAUUUUUUACAAAAAAAUCAAAUCUUGUUACACAUCAGAGAAGUCACACAGGUGAGAAGCCGUAUUCCUGUUCUGAGUGUGGGAAAUGUUUUGCAUCGAAAUCAAAUCUUGUUACACAUCAGAGAAGUCACACAGGUGAGAAGCCGUAUUCCUGUUCUGAGUGUUGGAAAUGUUUUAGACAGAAAUCAGAUCUUGUUACACAUCAGAGAAGUCACACAGGUGAGAAGCCAUUUUCCUGUUCUGAGUGUGGGAAAUGUUUCACACAGAAAUCAGCCCUUGUUAAACAUCAGAGAAGUCACACAGGUGAGAAGCCGUAUUCCUGUUCUGAGUGUGGGAAAUGUUUUUCAUCUAAAUCAGCUCUUGUUACACAUCAGAGAAGUCACACAGGUGAGAAGCCAUUUUCUUGCUCGGAGUGUGGGAAAUGUUUCGCACUCAAAGCAGAUCUAGUUUUACAUCAGAGACGUCACACAGGGGAGAAGCCAUUUCCAUGUUCUAAGUGUGGGAAAUGUUUCGCACACAGAUCAGAUCUUAUUAAACAUCAGAGACGUCACACAGGCGAGAAGCCAUUUCCAUGUUCUGAGUGUGGGAAAUGUUUCGCACACAGAUCAGAUCUUAUUAAACAUCAGAGAUGUCACACAGGUGAGAAGCCAUUUCCAUGUUCUGAGUGUGGGAAAUGUUUUGCACGCAAAUCAUAUCUUGUUAUACAUCAGAGACGUCACACAGGUGAGAAGCCAUUUCCAUGUCCUGAGUGUGGGAAAUGUUUUGUACACAAAUCAGAUCUUGUUAUGCAUCAGAGAAGUCACACAGGUGAGAAGCCAUUUCCAUGUUCUGAGUGUGGGAAAUGUUUUGCACACAAAUCAUAUCUUGUUAUACAUCAGAGACGUCACACAGGUGAGAAGCCAUUUCCAUGUCCUGAGUGUGGGAAAUGUUUUGUACAUAAAUCAGAUCUUGUUAUACAUCAACGAAGUCACACAGGUGAGAAGCCAUUUCCAUGUACUGAGUGUGGGAAAUGUUUUGCACACAAAUCAGAUCUUGUUAAACAUCAGAGACGUCACACAGGUGAGAAGCCAUUUUCUUACUCUGAGUGUGGGAAAUGUUGUUUAACCACUUAACUGACCAUUUAUUUAGCAAAAAAACG